AUGUGCAUUCGAAUCCCAAGUAGAGAUUCGAAUCUCAAGAGAACCAGAGACCUGCUAGAUGCUCUGGCACGGUUUUCCUACUUCGACCGCUGGUCCGACGACCAGCGGCGCGAUUUUUGCCACCGGGCACGGAUACGCCAGUUCGAGCCCGACCAGACCAUUUUUGUUGAAGGUAAAGCACCGGUAAACUACGCCCAUUUCGUACUUAGUGGCGAGUGUGGUCUGCUUCAGUGUCUGAAUCUGCAUAAGCAUUGCGAUCCGCGGACCGGAGUGACGCGCUACAAGUUAGCCCGGUCGCAGCCUACCGAGGAUGAGAUCGCACGGUUUCAUCGACGUCGACAGGAACGUCUAGGGAGUUCGACCGAUACACCGUCGACCAAACCAACGACAAACCAACUAAGCAUACGCACAUCAAGCCCCUGGGAGUCCCAUUUCGUGGACAUUGCCACGUAUAGCAGCGGUGCGGUGUUUGGGGUCGGCGAGCAUAUGGUAGACCGGGCGGUGUUUGCUCGAAGCCGCGUCCAGUGCCUGCUGAUACCGCGCUACUGGCUGCUGGAGAAGCCGCAAAACCGGGGCAACAUCUGGAACCGCGUCCGGAUCUUUCUCGAGCAGCGUCAGCCGCCGCGCGAGCGUCUUUUUCGCUGGUUUCUCAGUGAGCUGAUGUGGCACCGCUACCGACGGCAGCUGGUGGGCGAUUUUGUAGCCGUGCACGCUCCGCGACACCUCCCGAGACUGUUGGACGUACCGCUAGUGUGUCGAAUCGAGGAGUGUGACGUCAAUGUGACCAGCUAG